AGACUAACUAGCUAAGUGUAAUCAUAUCGCAUAUGAUAACAGCUAAGUUCAGCGAUAAGUUUGCAUUCGCUAGCUAGCUAUACGACUCGCUUUUAUCACCAUCAUUCGCUGUUUUAUGCUAGCGAGCUAACGUUACACACUUGUUUGGUCAAUCAAUAACUACUUAUUUUAACUAGCGAGCUAGCUUAUAACGACAUCGACUGUAGAGUGGGAUACGUAGAACUAACUUAAGUUAGCCGACCAAUCAUAGCUUGCUAGCUAGAUUUAUAUUGUAACCAGCCUAGCCAUUGAACGGCACCUGCGAGACAUUUUGUCUUCUUGAAUAACAUUAUUUGGAUAACUGGUCAGGUCAUACCAUUUGCUAAUUAACUUGGCACUUUGUGUGUGACAAAUGUCGAUGCUAGCCAAUAACUCAGUAAUUCGCCGUGGGAAUACCAAUUUCAGCUUGAUCAUGGAAGACACCCGUCCUCGGUACAGCAAAAGAUUGCGGUCAGGCACGCGACGGCGUUACCAGGAUGAUGGUAUCUCUGAUGACGAGAUUGAAGGGAAGAGGAGCUUUGACCUAGAUGAGAAACUGCAAAGUGACCGGUUCAACACCUGUCUGGUCAAGCGCAUGGAGGGAAAAGAUUUCACCUUUGAGUACAUUCAGAAGGAAGGGCUGAGGGCCCCCAUCGUCUUUGAGAAACCGGAUGGCCUGGGCAUUCAGAUGCCUGAAACAGAUUUUAGUGUGAAUGACGUAAAGCUGUUUGUUGGUAGUCGGAGGGUAAUAGAUGUGAUGGAUGUGACCACUCAAAAGGGGAUAGAGAUGUCGAUGGCGCAGUGGAGGCGGUACUAUGAGACUCCGCCUGCCCAGCGGGAGAAGCUCUACAAUGUCAUCAGCCUGGAGUUCAGCCACACCAAGCUGGAGAACCUGGUCAAGAGGCCUGCUUCAGUGGAUGUCAUUGACUGGGUGGAUAACAUGUGGCCACGGCACCUGAAAGAGAGACAGAGGGACUCAACCAACGCCAUCAUUGACAUGCAGUACCCAAAAGUACAGAAGUACUGUCUGAUGAGUGUAGAGGGCUGUUUCACAGACUUCCACGUUGACUUCGGGGGCACCUCAGUGUGGUACCAUGUACUGCGUGGGGGAAAGGUCUUCUGGAUAAUCCCGCCCACGCCCCAGAAUCUAGAGCUGUAUGAGAACUGGGUGUUGUCAGGGAAACAAGGAGACAUCUUCCUCGGAGACAAGGCCACAGAAUGCCAGAGGAUUGAGUUGAAACAGGGGUACACCUUCAUGAUCCCAUCAGGGUGGAUCCAUGCUGUGUACACGCCUGUCGACACACUGGUCUUUGGGGGGAACUUUCUUCACAGCUUCAACAUCCCUAUGCAGCUUCACAUCAACAACAUUGAGGACCGAACACGGGUCCCAGCAAAAUUUCGCUACCCCUUCUACUACGAGACGUGCUGGUAUGUGCUGGAGAGGUACCUGUACUGCCUGACCAACACCUCACACCUCACCCCCGAGUUCCAGAAACACUCACUGGGCAUAGGCCUGAAGAGGGAAGAUGUUCUUAAUCACCGUGUGAAGGAAGAGUUGUCGUCAGAGGAGGAGGAGGAGAAACCCACCCCCACCCCCGCCCCCUCUAAGCCGGGGGUCAAAGUUCACCUGACUCCAUUUGAACUGGAUGGGCUGUGGAACCUGCUGGGGAAGCUGGAGUCCCUCCCCUCCCACAAGAAGUGUGUCCCAGCAGGGAUCCAUAAUGCUCCUGCCCUGCUGCACGACAUAAGGACCCUGUUGCAGGAGCACGCCAACGACGACCCCAAACUCGCCUACACCGGGAUGCCUAUAGUCAGGUGGCCAAAAAGGCCCCCAUGGUACCAGCCCCCACCACCACCCCUCCUGCUGCAGCGGCCCAGGCUGUCUGGCCUGACCCACCCCCUGCCCCUCCCGCGGCCGGUUAAACCUCCGUCUUCCAUUUCGGCUCUGCGGCGGAGGAGGGUGCGCUGUAAGCGCUGUGAGGCCUGUCUGCGCACUGAGUGCGGCGACUGCAACUACUGCCACGACAUGAAGAAGUUUGGAGGGCCUGGCCGGCUCAAAAAAACCUGCGUACUGAGACAGUGCCUCGCUCCAGGGCUUCCUCUCUCAGCAGUGUGCGCUGUUUGUGGAGAAGGGAAUCAGGAUCCUGAUAAAACUCCCGUCACCCUAAUGGAGUGCUCCAACUGCGCCCAGAUCACCCACCCUGACUGCCUGAAGGUGCCAUCGGAGGGUGUGGUGAACAGUGACCUGCCCAGCUUCUGGGAGUGUCCCAAGUGCAUUUUGGAAAAAGUCUCCACUUCAGAGUCCUCCAGCAGCAGUGAUGAUGACAGCGUUGGCUCCACCCGUGCCGUUUCCCUGGCUGAGCUCCCCCCAGCUAAGCGCUUCCACAGGAAUGAUGUUGUGGGCAACACUGGGGGUGGGGUCAGGCCCUCCCACCGCGGCCAGGUGGUUCUGCCCCUCUCUUCAGUGCCUGAGCCGCGGUCGCGUCGUAUGGUGCUCCCUCCCUCCCACGGCCUAUUACUGCAACAGCAGCUGCAGAACAGGAGGCGGGCGGGGGCCCUGGAGGUGCGCCUCAGGAGGAGGAUAAAAAUGGAACAAGACAGAAUGUCCCCCUCAAAGAGAAAGGCUUCCUCUCCACACCCCUGUUCUCCUAAACUCCGUCGGCAGAGCCAGGACAGCGAUGGCUACAAGGGCAGUGACCGUCUGGCGCGUGGCAUGACUGGGGCCCACCCCCUGAGGGGUCCAGGGAGACGACUGCACCGUGGGGGUGGGGCCAGAGGCCGGUUGCUCUGGAAGGGCUCUGCCUACCGGGUGGGGCAGGGGGGCAGGCUUGCCCCAGACUCACCCCUGGACCUGAGCCCUCGGCUUGGGAUGGGUGUGAGGAACAGCCGGAAAGAGAGGGGGAGGGGCUGUCUAAGAGGACGAGGGCAUAGCCGACGGCAAAGGAUGGUGAGGGAGGAAGAGGAGAAGGCGGAUGAGGAGGAGGGAGAGGAAAAGAGGGAGGAGGGUCAGCGGAGGGGAUGGCUGGACAAGGAGAACAGGCCACACCGAUGGAAAGGGAGAGCAAAGGAGAAAGAGACGGAAGAGCAGGAAGAAAACGGUGAUGGAGGUAGGGGGCAGGGCAGAACCGAGGACGAUGAAGAAGCAGGAGAGGAUGGCAGUGAGGCGACGCCUGAACCGGUUCUUCUUGCGUCGGACCUGAGUGAGGAGCUGGUGAACGGGACUUACCUGACAGUGACUCUCCAGCGCCCCUCGAAGGCCAAACAGGACCCUGGCACUAUUGUGCCCAAGCUGGAGGCCGCCGUGGGCCUGCGGGCUCCCCCGUCCCCACCCUCAAGAAAGGGCUAUUUACAGCGCACAUCCCUACAGCGGCCUAAACUCAAAAGCGGGGUCAAAUCUGUGGAGGGAGGCCACGCCCUCAGCUCUGCCCACUGUCACCCGGAACAACGGGGGGUGUUCUGUCUGGACAGGAAAAAGGAGGACUGCUGCCUGCCCUCUUCUGCCUCCUCUUCCUCGUCUUUGACCUCACCCACCCCCUCUUUCAUCCUCUCUCUCCCCUCGCUCAGGGAUGUGGGGAAUGAGCCGGGAUGUGAGAAGGAGGUGUGGGUGUCUGUUUUCCGGUACCUGACGCGUACCGAUCUGUGUCUCUGCAUGACCGUCUGCAAGAGCUGGUACAAAUGGAGCUGUGAUAAGCGUCUGUGGACACAGAUUGAUCUGAGUCGCUGCCGCUCCAUCAGCCCUCAGGCCCUGUCAGGGAUCAUCAAACGCCAGCCCGUCUCCCUGGAGCUGUCCUGGACCUCCAUCUCCAAGAAACAGCUCACCUGGCUCAUAAACCGUCUCCCAGGUCUUAAGGACCUCAUGGUUUCGGGGUGCUACUGGUCCUCGCUUUCAGCCCUCAGUUCACCCAGCUGUCCCCUCCUGCGGACCCUGGACCUGAGCUGGGCCGAGGGGGUCAAGGAUGUGCAAAUCCGGGACCUGCUGACCCCUCCAGGCUGUGAUAACCGCAGCAAGCUCAGGAACCUGCAGUCAUUCCGGCUGGCGGGACUAGAGAUCAGCGACUCCACUCUGAGACUCAUCAUCAGACACAUGCCCCUGCUGGCGCGGCUGGACCUGGCGCACUGCCGCGGCGUCACAGACCAGUCCAUCAACCUGCUGACCGCUGUGGGCUCCUCCACCCGCAAUACACUCACUGAGAUCAACCUGAGUGGAUGCUGUAAGCUGACGGACACCUGCCUGUUGUACCUGCGCCGUGUCUCCAGCCUCUCCCUGCUGGACCUGCGGGACUGCAAGCACAUAACACGCCCGGCCUGCGAAAGCUUCAUCUCUGAACUGUCCGUCAAUGCCCUCUACUGCCUCUCUGAGGACAAGCUCAUCCAGAGGAUAUCGUAAUGCCAAAAUGGCAGCCUGGUAGCUGGGGGCACUAGAGCCAGAAUGGUGGCCUGGUGGCUGCAAUGGCGGCCUGGCAGCUGCAUACAAACACAAGAGGGAGGGCUGACUUCCUCUGAUAAAUACAGGUGGAGGCCUCAUUUCCCAAACUGACUGGAGCUAUAAAUUAUAUUGAGGAAAAAUUGAGGAGAGUUGAUACAGGAAGAGAGCUGGAGAGGGAGAGACUUGUGCAGGCUGCACAGUGACCUGUAAAGGGGGAGAGGGAGAGCUCACCAGGUUGCCUCACCUCCAAGGUGGAGGACUGACCCACUGCAAAGGGAAUUGGCCAAAUUUAUGGAAAAGCCAACCGAUCAGUGAAAUCCAAACAGGUUUUAGUCCCAAAGAAUAACGUACAACAGUGGGGGGUGGGGGUUGCCGCUGCGGUUCUAGAUUUGGGCUGUCUUGCGAGAGCGGCCAGGUAAGAGUGUUGGUGGCACUAAAGUAAGGACUGAAGAGCAAGUGAGGGAGGUCAGGUGCUGCAUACUUAAUGAGAUGUUAAGUGUGAGCACAGUGGUGACCAUAUCUUCAAUAUUUCAGUCUUAAAAGAGAUAGGAAAGGAAAACUGCAAAAAAAAAAAAAAAAAAAGCAUGAGCAAAAUACUUUGGGUGCUAUCAUUCCUUCUGACAUUUCCCUGUACCAAGGAAUAUGUUGUUUUGAAUCUUCAGGUGUUUUGUGUUUUAUGUCACUAUUAUUUUUUUCCAGCACAGGGUCCCAUUUCUCCAUGUGUACUCCUUUUCCUGCCAAUAGUCAGCAGUUUCCUCAUUUUUUUUAGAGGGAUGUUUCUUUUUACCCUGCGUGCACUCAUAAUCUUUAAAAGUGUAUAUACAAGUAGAUAUAUAUAUAUAUAUAUAUAUAUAUAUAUAUAUAUAUAUAUAUAUAUAUAUAUAUAUAUAUAUAUACUUUUGUGUAUAUUUGUUUUCUCCUAGUACACAAUGACUGAUUUAAAAACUCCUGUAGCAUUAUAAUUUUACGGAUCCUUUUUCUUUUUUUUUUUCAAAGAAAAUAAAAAAUACAAGCCAA